AUGCCCCCGAAAAAAUUUAAAGGCAAAAAGGGCGUCAAGAUAGUGUCUGAUUUGACAUCAUUCAACAAUUAAGAAGUUAAGAAGUAACAAGAAAAAGACUUCAACUAGAGUAGUACUUCAGAUCAAUAGAAGUCAGUUGAGAAGUCUCAGCAACUUUCGUAGGCCAGUGUUCAAUCAGAUAGCAGUAGAUGCGAAGAAGAAUUUGGCAAAUUUUAGCCUGAGGACAUUAACAUCCCCAACUAUUACUUGCUAGACAACAAAUUGAUAGAUGCAUAUUAUGCGAAAUUGGAGAACUUUUCUGAGGAGGAAAAGGACAUUCUCCAGGAUGCUGAGUUCUCUCACUUUUCAAGAUUGAUUAAUAGAGAUUUAGAGUUCAUACUUAAUCUUAGAUUCACUCACUUCUGGAGUGUGAUCAUCAAGCUUCCUGAAAUUUUGCGAUUCCUAGAUGAAUUUUUGCAAAAUGUGAGAAAAUAUAACGACAUCUAUAAGGUUUAGUUUAUUGAGUUCACUGAGAAAUAAAGCUAAAAUGAAGUUGAUUAGAAUGAACCGAAGUAAGGUCUAAAUAUUAACCAAUAGAUAAAGGAGUCGAUGAGCAAAAUGCUCUAUCUAGUAUUGAGAAUAUUCUAUAGAUUGAGUGUUUAUCAAGAGAGUGAAGAGGUGCAAUUCACUUUACCUUUUUAUUCAAGACUUGUAUAUGAUAAUUGGGUCUUUGACAUGGCUAAGGUAAUUGAUAUUGCAGCUGUUUAUGGAAAGAGCAAUUAGGACAUUGUACAUAAAAUCAUCAACAAUAUCUUUGAGAAUGACAAAAGAUAUGUGGAGGAUUUCAAAGAAGCAGUCGAUUCCUUGUUUAAAUUGAUAAAAAAGACUUUUAAGGAAUAUUCUACGAUAUAAGCUAUGAUUAAGGGAGAGCAUGUUAAGGAGAUGACUCAUAAGGAGCUAGAAGCUCAUAUUUUAAAUUACUUGACUGACUAUACUGAGAUUUUAAGCAACAUAAAUUUGAUUACUUCAACUUUUCCUGGAAGUGUUCUGGACACUUUAAGAGGAACUAACUCUAUUAUUUAUUUGGCCAACUCAUAUUGCUUGACUUUGCAAAUGAAGAGAGACUUAGUAAACAAACUCAAUAUCUAUAUUCCUAAGAUCAAGGGAAAUACAGAUAAAAAUUUAAAGAAACUUCAUGGUGUUGUUCAAAGCUAAAUUGCUCAAUAGUUAAAAAUAUUUGCUAUGACAUUGACUGGAAACAAUGAGGUUAGUAAGGAAAUAUUACCAAAACAGAUAAACUACAUAACAGUUCAAAAUGAGCAAGAGACAAUUGGAACUACUUUUCUUAGAAGAGUUUUAAAGAGAAUAGACAUGCUUGGCUUCGUUAAGAAUAUUGAAGAUAGAUUUUUACCAGAUGGGGAAAAGGACUUCUUAAAGAUUAUUCUUGAGUCUCUCCAAAAAGGUCAAAAAGUUUAGGUGAAAAAAAUAAAUGCUAUAACUCAUGAUAAAUAAGUAGCUAACCAUAAGAAUGAUUAAAAGGACAGUUAAAGUCAUUUGAAGCUUUAAGAUAAAGAAAAUAUUCAUAAUCUGUUUGACAUGUCUGGUGGUACAGUUAAGAAGGAAAUUAUAGAGCAAAUGUAUUUGAAGUAUGAUAAGAAUGUGGAGCUGACUUUGGAUUAGAUUCUCAGUGGAAAUAUUCCAAAAGAUGAAUACAAACUUGUAGUUAUUAAUAAAGACUAGUAAGUUGAAUAAAUAGAUACCUCUACUCAUUAAAAUAAAGCUUAAAAUUCAGAACUGCUUUAGUAGUAUAUGCUUGGGGCUUUCGAGGGUUCUAAAGCUAGAACAACUAAGAAUAAGAAGUAUUACUAAGAGCACUUAAGAGCUAUUGAGCAAUAAAAAUAUGAAGAGGAUAAUGAAGAUAAAGAUUUCAAGAUGAAAAUGCUUCAUCUAGCUGGCUAAAUGCAAUAUGAGGAUGACUUUGAUGACUAAAACUUGUAUCUAGAAAAGAACAAGAAUAGAAACAAACAAAAGCAGCAAGAGUCUGAUGAUGACGAUGAUGAUUAUUUUGGUCUUGAAAAGGAUCAGAAUAAACCUGCUAAAAAGGCAACUCCAUAAACUCAGAGCUCCAAAAUAUUGCAGAAGACUAAGGAAAAAGACGUAUAGCCUUAAGAUGAUGAUGAGGAUGAUGAUAUGGACGAUAUUGAUAAAUUACUUGAAGGUUUAGACGAAGAUGAAGAUCAAAACUACAUCUUUGAGGACGAUGAGAAAAGGAAAAAGUAGCUAUUACAAUAAGAAGAACAAAGGAAAAAAUAAGAUUAAGAGAGAUAAUAAUAGUAAUAGAGAAAUGACUAGAAAGGCUAGAGAGGCAAGGACUAGGAUAAGAGAUAGAAUUAGGGUAGAGGAUAAAAUGAUAGAGGAGGAGACUACCAAAAUAACAACAACUCUAACAGCUACAACUAAAGAGGGAAACGAUAAGAUUAUCAUUAAUAGUAAUCGAGAGAUGAAGGUGGGUACAAGGAUAGAGAAUAAAGGCCAUAAUAAAAAUAGGAAUUUACUUAGAAAUUUGUGCCGAAAGGAUAGCAAUAAAACCGUGAAAAUGAGGAAGAAAAAUCAGAGCGACAUGAAAGAGAUGAUUAAAGUAGCAGAGGUAGUUACCAGAGAGGUGGCUAUGGUGGAUAUUCUGACCGUGGAAGAGGUAGAGGAUAGCAAAGAGGUGGACGCGGUGGAAGAGGACGUGGCUACAGUGAUAAUUAUCAAAGAGAAGAAAAUGAUAAUGACAGAUACUACACUUCUAGUAACCCACUUUAGGGUGAGGAUUUAGAGAAUAAGUAUGAUAAGCCACCACCUAGAAAUGAAAUUCAAAAUCACAAAGUCGAAUUCAACUAAGAUUACGAAUCUGGUGAGGAUGAAGAAAGUCAAAGCUCCUAUGGUAGAGGCCGUGGUAGAGGUACAGGCCGUGGAAGAGGCAGAGGCGGCUAAGGUAGCAGAGGAGGACAUCAUGAUUAGAAAAAUAGAAACUAGAAGAAACAAGGUGCUUACUAUCCUAGUUGA